AUGACAGACCCAUCUGUCAAUAAGCCUGUUGGUUGGCCAGUUGCGGAACAGAGUCCCUCGAGUUCAUGGACUGGAAACUCUGUACUAAUUCGGAUCACUUUCUGCAGCCUAUUGCAGUGUCCGGGAAUCGACAAGGCGGCUAUCUAUAGUACGGAUCCACAGUACGCCAACUCGCCAUGUGCUAGCUCUCAGGGUUUCACGGCCCAGCCAAACGAAAUCGCCUUUAUCCUGAGCUCUUUCGCAGAUACCAAGGAUGAUGAACCAAAGGAAGUACAAACAAAUGGUUUCUACUAUGCCGGCGAGAAAUACUUCUUUGUAAGAUCGGACAAGGACCCGGAUUGCCUCAUUGGCCGAAAGGAAAAGGAGGGUAUCGUUAUCUACAAAACCGCCUCUGCCCUCUUUAUUGCCCACCACCCACCGAGCGCUCAGACUCCAACCGUCAACGAGUACGUGGAUGGAUGGGCCAGAUAUUUGAUCAACGCUGAGAAAGCUCAGGGUUGA